AAGCCCUCAACCUAUACCUAUUUCGAUAUACUUUCUGUUGUGUUGUAUUACUCUUCUGUUUCUAUUGUGUUGCAUUAUUUCAUGUGAAAGAAUUAGUCAGGUUAGUCAACAAAUAAAAAUGAACGCAGUGCAAGCAGUCCUCCGGCUGAAGAUUUCUUCUUGGUGGAAAAUCCUUAUUAGUGGAAAAAAACACUGAUUUACAAAGAAUAUUUACAGAAACACUGGAAGUGAACUACACUUUUUUUUCUUUUCUUUUUCUUUUUUUUUUUUUUUUUUUAAGUGACAGACAGUAGCGGCGUCAUUGUAUUUCAAAUAUUUCAUCUUUUUUUCCAAGACAUUAUUGACAGAGUUAGACACACACACAUGCCGUCGUCUAUAUAUACCCUGUAGAACCGAAUUUGUGUGGAAAGAUUACAGUCACAGAUUCGAUUCUAGGGGAGUAUAUGGUCGAUGCAAGAACCUCGAAUAAAACUUUGUCUUGUUUGUUUGACCACUGAAUGUUUUUGCUUUCUAUGCGGAUAAUAAACUAUAGGUAAAAUUAUUAAUAUGUGCGUUGGACAGUGGAAGCUGAUCACGAACAACCCCUUUCGUGCGAUGUGGAAUAUUAUAUGAUGAUUUUGUAUUAUUCUAUGAUACUCAUCGUAUGAUUUGGCAUAAAAUGCAUUGAUCAGUCGAGUUAGCGUUGCCUCUAGUACAUGGUAAUGUAGAUGUUGUCUUUACCUGUUCUAAAUGAAAAUCUCAACCACCUUCUGACAAACAAAGAACAACAAUCCUAUUCAUUGUGUGGCUAUAAAAUUGUUCUCCCAAAAAUUUACAUGAACAUUAUUUUGCAUGAAUAUUACCAAACUUUGCAAAUCCAUGUGCGCUAUUAUAUUUUGCUCCCUGACGUUACCUUAAGAGCUUCCAAGCGGUUAUUCUCUUUUAUGUGGUGUUUGAUUAUUGAUUGGCACGACGCAUUGAUGGCGAACCAGGGCGCCCUAUACAGCGAACUGAAAGGAUGAGAAGCGGUGGAACGAUGAGACUCCAGUCACUUCUGAGUGACCUUUACAUCACAAAGACGGUCUUCAUCAAUUGUACACUGGCUUUAUGCUCCUCUUUUUGUGCCUUGGACCGUUUUUGUCUUGUUUUGUUUUUACCAGUCAAAAUCCCUGGGCUGAGUUUGAUUUACCUUAGUUGAAUAUUAAUUUACUCUCUAGACCACAUGCACAUACAUGCGACGCACAGACGCAUGUUUUUAAAUAAUAUCAUUACAUCUGUAUAGUGCCCAGGGAUCAUUCACCUUAACAAUGCUCACUGCACUGGGUCUAAAUACACAAGCAGAGCAGGAUGUUUUAAAAUUACGCACGGAGGAUCAAUAUAUGCAUGCAACAUGAUUUCAUCAAUGAAAUUUAAUAUUGUAAUCCUAAUUGAGAGAUAAUGUGAAGUUUGUGAAAUUAGCUAUUAGGUGUACACAGCUUCUGCUCUAAUGAUGGAGUCCCCCACCUCGAUUGGCCAAGCUGGUCACAUGGGCGCCUAACUUUAUUCAGUUGACAGCAAGUAGGAGGGCUUUAUGGAGGGAGGAAAAAAAGACAACUCGAGAAAAAUUAGUAUUUUCUACCUUCAGAAAUUAAUGGCCAUGAGUUCGUACAUGGUGAACUCCAAGUAUGUGGAUCCAAAAUUUCCUCCUUGUGAGGAAUAUUCUCAGAACAGUUAUAUACCUGAACAGAGCCCAGGGUACUUCAGUCCAUCGCAGGACACAGAUUUCCAGCAUCCCGGGAUCUAUUCACGGUCAAACUACUCUGAACAGCCUUUCAGCUGUAACACUGUCCAGGGCUCAUCGGUGCAGCCGCGGGGUCAUGUGCAGGAUCAAGCCAGCCACCCCAGCCCUUUCCCCGCACAGACAGAGCAGUGUCCUGCGGUCCAAAUAGCGGGACCGAGGACUUGUGGACAACAACAAAACACAAAGAACCAGAACGGGAUACCAACCAAGCAGCCUGCUGUAGUUUACCCAUGGAUGAAGAAAGUCCACGUUACUACGGUGAACCCGGAUUACACAGGAGCGGAACCCAAACGCUCUCGAACAGCCUACACAAGACAACAGGUUCUGGAACUAGAAAAAGAAUUUCAUUUUAACAGGUAUCUAACAAGACGACGUCGCAUCGAGAUCGCGCAUACCCUCUGUCUCUCCGAGCGACAGAUUAAAAUCUGGUUUCAGAACAGAAGAAUGAAAUGGAAAAAAGACCACAAACUACCUAACACGAAAGGAAGAUCGACAUCAGCUGGAAAUCAGCAUGCACAACACGCUCAAAAGGACAACCAAACAGAGAUCACAACUUUAUAAGUGGAUAUCUUUCCCUCCCUCCAGUUGUACGAACUGUAUCUAAAAGACAAUGCUUCUUUUGACUUUGCAUGGUAGCAAAACGUGACAUGUUGGUCACUAGUGCCAAAAACUGAGAACAAGAAGCAUACACUUUGACUAAAUGCAGUUUAAAAGACUCAUAUGCGUCAGCCCCCCCCCCCCCCCCCAUCCCCCCCACCCCAACAUUUCAAUACUUCCAACACUGUAACUCUUUGCAACUGAAGCAAAGAGGAUAUGGGGCAUCGAAUGAUGGUUAACAUGCCAUCUCGAGGUACAGUAAAAAUGUUAGUCAACUCACGAUUUUUUUUUUUAUUUUUAUUUUUUAUUUUUUUUAUUUUUACACAAACUUGCCAAAUUUAUUUGAGAGCAUGGUUCGUUUUAGUAAAACUAUUCACAUUUAAUACAUUCCCUCUGUAUUUUAAUCAUCCUUCUAUUCUUUUUAAACAAUUUAUGUCAAGUUUGCGCCUAUGGCACAUCAAUUUACCUUAACUGAAUUAUUACAAAGAAAUUAAGCAAGGCAAUGUCCAACAUAUAUUAAAUUUUUUUUAUUUUAUUUUAUUUUUUUUAUUUUUUAUUAAGUCGACUGGGUGCAAGUAAUAAAAUAAAUAAAAUUAGUUAAUGUUAAGAAAAAAAUAUUCGUUGCCUGGGAAAUUAUUUAUUUGUAGAAACUGAAGAAAUUUCCGUUAACUUCGCCUAUUGUGCGCGCCACAUUAAAGGUUUACUUUUUUCAAAGACGUUUUCAAUAAAGCAUCAUUCUUCAAAAAGUAUGCGUUUCUAAGUUUAUUUUGAUAUAUAAAAAAAAAAUAAAAAAAUAAAAAAUCCAUAGAAAUGUGUCUCUUUUUGACUAGAAUACAUAAUAGCAUAUAGAAUAUGCCUUAACUCGGCCAUUUAUCCCGCUUGACACCUUUAUAAACAAUAGAACUACAAAAAAGGAAGCAGUAUAUCUGUUUUUGAGGUGUCAUCUAAAAUUCUUUUAUAGCAGUUUUUUUAUCUUGCAUUUUAGUCCUCAAGAUGUUUGAACCUUCUAUUUAUUAAAUAUAACGUUAAACCUUUCAUGUUCUGCAUUCCAUAAUUAUCAAAUUCAUUUUUUAAGUGCG